AUGGCGACCAACGACGCGCACGCCAACAUCCUCACGCCCUCUGAGGCCAUUCCCGAGAAUGCCGUUCAUGUCAAGGGUCCCGACCUCUCGAACCGCAUCGACCUCACCAGCCUCCUCAAGGCGUACGAGACCAUCGGCUUCCAGGCCACCGGCCUUGCUCGCGCGAUCGAGGUCGUCGACGAGAUGCGCGAGAACUCAGAGCAGCCUCUGACGCUGUUCCUCGGCUACACCUCGAACCUGAUCUCUUCCGGUCUCCGCGAGAUCAUCCUCUUCCUCGCCAAGCACAAGCUUGUCGACGCUCUUGUGACCACCGCCGGUGGUGUCGAGGAGGACUUUGUCAAGUGUCUUGGUUCGACCAUCCUUGGUGAUUUCCACCUCGCCGGCGCUGAUCUCCGCAAGAAGGGUCUCAACCGCAUCGGCAACCUGCUCGUGCCUAACUCGAACUACUGCUCGUUCGAGGACUGGAUCAUGCCGAUCCUCGACCAGAUGGUCAAGGAGCAGGAGGGCGAGGAGAAGGUCAAGUGGACUCCUAGCAAGGUCAUCAACCGCCUUGGAAAGGAGAUCAACAACGAGGAGAGCGUCUACUACUGGUGCUGGAAGGCCGACCCUGCCCCGCUCAACGUUGACAUCGUCGGCGACAUCCGCCGCCUCAACGACAUGAGCGUCAAGGCUAAGCAGGCUGGCAUGAUCAUCCUCGGCGGCGGUGUGUGCAAGCACCAGAUUGCCAACGCCAUGCUUUUCGUGAGUUCGAUAUGCAAGUGGACGGAAACUAACGCUCAGCGCAACGGUGCCGACUACGCCGUUUACAUCAACACCGGCCAGGAGUACGAUGGCUCUGACUCUGGAGCCCGUCCCGACGAGGCCGUGUCAUGGGGCAAGAUCCGUGCCAACGCCCAGAGCGUCAAGGUUUACGCCGAUGCCACUCUCGUCUUCCCUCUGAUCGUCGCCAGCACCUUUGGCAAGGCUCACUGGGAGGCCACUGGCCAGGCCUAG